AUGGUCGGCCAGACGUUCGUGCGAGAUACCCCUUCCAAAAAGCUGUCUGGUGCUGCAGCUUCUGCUGCAGCUAAGGUCAAUAAGCUUCUUCUACACGAUUUCACUGUGAAGGUCAACAAUAACCCCUCUACGGAUUUGACGGAGUUGCUACAGUUCAAGCUCAAAACUUAUCCCCCUCUACGUCAAAUUUUCGUUGACUCAGCUAUGGAGUCUACCUCAACGAAGAGUACUGACACCACGACUGAUACUGCACCGGAUGUAAGAGAGGAAUUUCUAAUUCCCUCGGAUGUUGUCAUCAUACGUCCAUUGAGUAUGGCUGUUACUCAGGCAGUCCAGUCAGUGUCAUCUUGCGAUUGCGACUCUUCCGAAAUCUCGAGCGCGAUUAGAGGUCUCAAUGAUCUUAUUUUACGCAGUGACAUACUAUGGCAAUGGGGAUCCCCCGCAGUACUCGGCCUCACCCGGAACCUGGCCCUGAAACUCGGCAAUUACAUCGAUGUGAAUCAUCUAGUAAUGGUGGAAGAAAUAAAACAUCAAACCCUGCGUAUCCCUAUACCGGAAAUCCAUGGUGUGCUGCAGCAAUCAGGCACCCCGUGGAAAUUCAUCUUUAUGUCCCGUGUACCAGGAGUACCGCUGGAUUCAAUCUGGAAGACGUUAAACCCCCACCAGAAAGCGUCUGUGCAAGACAAGCUUAAUGUCAUAUUCUCUGAUUUAAGAUCACUCCCUUUUUCGCCAUCCGACGAACCUGGUGCGGUAUAUGGUGGGGGCACACCUCGCCGGUGUAAAGAUACCAGAAGGGAAACCCGUGUGGCAGACGCGCCGAUCAGCAAUGAAAGGGAACUGAUGAUGAUUCAUGCAGACCUUCAUCCUCGAAACAUCAUGGUAACUCUUACCCCAUGCUCACCUGACACCAAUGAAGUCGAUGGACUAUGUCUACAGGGAUCCACAGCCUUGACUGGUACAGAUGACCUACUGUCGGAGCAGGUGACGAUUACAGGGAUUAUAGAUUGGGAAAUGUGUGGUUGGUAUCCGGAAUACUGGGAAUACCUGAAAGCAUUGAACACGCCCUUUGGCGGGGGUGAGUUUGACGAUUGGUGGAAGUACUUGCCGCCGAUUAUCGGGACCUGGCCUAGAGAGCAUGCAGUCGACCUGAUGUUAGAUGGUUGGUGUCGAUGA